AAUUUAGUAUCAUUUCACUUGUCAGUUCGUUCAUUAUUUUAUGUUCGUCUGCAGCCAUGUUCUUCCAAAUAAGUGUUUUAUUAUUGAUUCCCCAUUUGCUUUUAGCAGAUUCCAGUUCUGCUAACUUGAAUAGAAUUGGCACUAAACCAACAUCCUGUCCCUUGAACGAAGUUCCAUCAGACUGCAUAGAAUACUGUCUACCAACUUGUGAGCAACCCAAACAACCUCCCUGUACAUAUAGCACUUGUUUCGGAGGAUGUAUGUGUAAAGAAGGAUAUAUUAGAGUAAAAGAGGGAGCAAAGUGUGUACCUAUUAAAAGUUGCGUGGAAUCAGGUGAAAUAAGUAGAAACUAUACAGCACCUUGUAAAGAAAACGAAGAAAUACAGGACUGCGUGGCUUGUGAAGCCACCUGUCCAUAUAUCGACGAUCGUGUAGCGUGCUCGUUGUUGUGGUGUCCAAAAGCGUGUGCUUGCAAAUACGGUUUUAUCAGGAAAGAAGAAGGAGGAGAUUGUAUUUCUGAAAGCGAUUGUAGGCUAUCGCAGACAUAGAUUAUCUUAGUUUUAACGUUUUUUUUUUGUCAAAUAGUAACAAAAACUUGUUUCAAUUGUUUAGAAAAUAUUUUGCUGUAGUAUAGAACAAUAUCUCAACAUCCUGUAAGAUGUUUUAACAUUUUUUAUUCCGUGGUAUUUAGUCUUCGGGUUGUAAAUAUAUGUUGCCCUUUUGAUAUCAAAAAGUCAUGAAGAAAAUUUCCGAUGCUGUGGCCACUUGACACCAAGUCAAGUACAUUAUGCAACGAACGUCAACACUUUAUAAUUAAAUCCUUUCACUCUUAUUAAUUCAAAAGAAAUUAUAAUAAAUUCCUAAUAAACAAGAAGAAAAUCUGCAAAAAUUGUAGGAAAGACUCAUUAAAUAUCAAAAUGAUCCUUUUAAAGGAAAAAAAUGGCCUAAGGUUUAGACAGAGCUUCCCUCACCCCUAAAGUAUACAUAAUAAAGUUAUGUCUGAAAUCUUAACGUAAAGUAUGAAUACGUGGGAGUUUUAAAAGAUUAACAUUUUGCAAUUUAAUUUUGAAACUGCAAAACCCAAUUCUCUGAAAUCUUGCAAAGGUUCUAAGUUUACUGUAAUCAUGGUAAAUCGUGAAUCCAAAUUUAUUCGUUUAUCCCCUCCCAAAAAAUUAUUGACGUCAUCUCAAAAUUAUGGCCUAAUAAAUAACUCCCCUUUGAAAUAUGCAAAAUAAUAUCAUUUUAUACUUGUGCUUAAUCAAUGCACUCAUAGUUUUAGAAUUACUUAUAAGUACAAGUUAAUUGAAAAAAACUAAUGAGUAAGACAAUUUAUUUUAUAAUAACUCACUCCAUUUUCCCGAAAAUUUGGGAAUACAGUACCGUUGUUAUUGUAUCCAAACUGAUA